UCUUAACCUGUUUAUGAUGGUUCUCUCAGUCCCUUCUAUCUUUGUACUGUUCACCUUUCCCACCUAAUUGUCGGAAAAAUCACAUACAAUGCAUAUCCUAGUCACAAACGACGACGGUCCUCCGUCGAACCAGUCCUCCCCUUACGUCCACUCCCUCAUCCAUUCGCUCCAGUCUGCCGGCCAUGUCGUUUCGGUCGUUCUCCCACAUGUACAAAGGUCGUGGAUUGGCAAAGCCCAUCUGAUCGGCGCCGCCGUGAAACCGACGUACUUCCGCCCCGGAACACUUCACAAGGAUGACGGGACGACCCACGACUUCCCUCGAGGGCAUAUAGAUGGAGAGGACGACGAAGAGGGUGACGAGUGGGUUCUCAUUGACUCGACUCCGGCCAGCUGUGUCCAAAUCGGACUGUACCACUUCUUCCAGGAGCGUGGUCCCAUUGACAUGGUGGUGUCGGGCCCCAACUACGGACGAAACUCGACAGCUCUUUUUGCUCUGUCGAGUGGAACGAUCGGUGGCGCCAUGGAAGCGGCGAGCUGCGGAAAGCGCGCGGUGGCCCUCUCUUACGCGUUUAGCUCGCGCGACCACGACCCCGUCGUGAUCUCCGAGGCAUCGCGCCAUUCAGUUAAAUUGAUUGAGCAUCUAUCGAAGAACUGGAGGGAAGGCGUUGAUCUCUACACGGUCAACGUGCCUUUGGAGCCAGGAGUGAGCCAGAACAAGGUUUUGUAUACUGCGAUGCUCGACAACCGAUGGAGUUCCGGUAGCUGUUUCCAGGCUGUGCCCCCGGGGAUGACAGAGUCGCCUGAUCUGCAUGAGCAAGAGUUACGGGCUCAGGGUGAGAAGCUAGGGAAGGCAGAGACCGAGAGCUCUACACGUCGGGCUCCCGCGAACAAGUCACGUAUUGAGCAUAAGCACUUCCAGUGGUCGCCGAAUUUCUCGGAUGUGUAUCGAAGCGUUGAGGAAAGUGCUCCUGGGAAUGACGGAUGGGUCGUGAAGGAGGGGAUGACGAGUGUCACCCCGUUGAAGGCGAAUUUCAUGCACACACCCGGUAUCCAAGGGGAAAUUAAGCUAACCGAUAAUGAAGAACCUGCAUUAUACUCUGUCGUGGACAGUGACGAUCCAUAUGUCCAGAGCUUAAUGGAACGAGCACUGCAACGGCGCAUUGGGACAGCGUGUCGAUUGGUGCCGUCGUUGUCAGACCUACCGUCCCCUUCUACGCCUGUUUUCCAAUACCGAGAAUACGAGCGACUGGAUUUCGAACACAUAAUGAUGCACAGCCCCUCGUCGCUUUCCAACGCCUACAUCAUCCGAAAGGCGUUGAUUCGCAAACAUUACCUGUCCAACACGGUGUCAACCUGGAUUACGAAACACCCCGAAAGCAUCUUGAAGAAGCACAUCAAGCCUGCAUUGGAUUUCGAGCUGGACUACGCGGAGUUCCUUGACGACGCCCUGCUGGAGCUGUACGAGCUGCGAGAGAGUCUAGAAAAGAACGAGGAAAGACCUGAACAGGAGAAAGAAUGGUGGAUCCUGAAACCGGGAAUGAGUGACCGCGGGCAGGGAAUCCGUAUAUUCAACAGCGAAGACCAGCUACGGGAGAUAUUCGAAGAAUGGGAGGUCGAUGAGUCGGACGAUGAGAGUGGAUCGGGGGCUCCUGAACAAGAGAACCAGGAAGAGGAUGAUGACCAUGGUGUGGUCACGUCCCAACUGCGGCACUUUAUCGCCCAGCCGUAUAUCGACCCGCCGCUUCUUCUCCCGUCGUCAUCGAAUCGGAAAUUUCACAUUCGGACCUACGUUCUGGCCGUCGGUGCCCUCAAGGUCUUCGUCUUCAAGGAGAUGCUGGCCCUUUUCGCGGCGAAAUCAUACUGUGCUCCAUGGGAGGGAGAGGAUGAGAUGCAGGACCUGGCAAGACAUCUCACCAACACCUGCUUCCAAGAGGGUGGGAGCUCCAACGAGGGCAGUGUCCGACGCUUCUGGGACUUGGACUCCCAGGUUCCUGGGCUCAGCGAUGACUGGAAGGAGAAGAUCUUCGAUCAAAUCUGUGCCGUGACCGGUGAGCUAUUCGAAGGGGCUGCGAGGGGUAUGAUGAUUCAUUUCCAGACGCUUCCGAAUGCGUUCGAACUCUUUGGGGUAGACUUCCUCGUCGACGAAAAUGGCACUGCCUGGUUGCUCGAGGUGAAUGCGUACCCGGAUUUCGGCCAAACGGGAGAGGAUCUCAAAGAGGUCGUCGUGGGCCGUCUUUUUGAAGAGACGGUCGACGUUGCCGUCAAGCCGUUCUUUGGCCUGGGACAGUCGGCGGUGAAUGGAAACGAAAACAUGAGACUGGUUGCCGAUGUGGACCUGGGGAGGAAAAUCUAGGUCUCAAAAAACGAAGGCACGGCUAGUGGAGUUCAAAAGUUCUGGGCUUGAGGUUACAAUGUUGGCAUACAUGGGAGUUGGAUGUUUGGAUAGGGCUGGAUAGAGAGGUCCUCUGGUGGCAUAUAAAAGUACUGCUUUUCAAGUUGAAUUAGACUUGCUGUAUACAAG